UGUUAUUCCACCUGCUCCUUGGCUGAGGUUGGAGACAUUUUCAUGUAAGCGUAGCCAAGAGCUGUAUGUAUCCAUUGGAAUAUUCAUCGUCACGGUUCAGUCAUAUGCUGGCGGCGAAUCCAUUCUGGAGAAGUUUUUGAAAGCAGUGUCGAGGAGUCAAAUUGUUCGAAAUGCCAUCAGGACUACAGGGUGUGGAACAGAACGAUGGUGACACUGCAGAACUGUGCAUUGAACGCCUGUUAACAAAACUCUCUGAGGUGGAAAUUGUAUUGGCGGCUCACGAAGGAAGAGCAAACCAGAUGAAAAAAGAGCGAGAUGCAGCCAACGCAGCCAACGAAAGACUACAGAAAGAAAUAACUAAAUUAACUAAUAAUCUUUUGAGAAAUAGAUGGAGCUCUGCAGUUCAGAAUAUUGGAAUUAUCGAAGAACAAGAGAACGGAGACGGGAACUUUGAAGGAGAAGACGAGAAUUACGACUUGGCCUUGAACCGAAGGCGCCGAGGCAGUCUCCCUGUGGCCUCCAUGCGACGAAGAGGUUCCUUAGAUCACCCAAAAGAUUUGAGAAAACUGCUUGACCAGCGAAGCAAUGAGGUGCUACAACAACGACAGCAAUAUAGGAUCUUUGCAAACAGGUUUAAACAAGAAGUACGCAGGUGCAGCAGGUUGGAGCAAGACACAGAGCGCUUGAAACAACUCCUGGUAGAUUUGUUAUCCAUUCAUAACAGAUUCCAUCGAUCGUAUGUGUUUCCGUGUAAUAAUGUUACAGCAGUAGUAAUCAUCGUAUUAAUUGCCUUAACUAUGAUUGGAAUAAUUGUGUUUAACAUAACUGAAAUAAGGUUUUCACGGGGCUAUGUUCGGUAGCCUGGCGCAGGGUAACGUUUUCAAACCUUUUUCCAUAUUUUCCAUAUUUAUCUAAAACUGAACAGAAGGAGAAAUUGUUUGAAGAAUCUCUUGCUCUUUGUCUUUGUAAAAUGUCAUUGAAUUUUCCACGUAGUUUCUGAUCACACUUAUAAUAUACAAUAGGCCUCAAACAAAGACAGCUUUGAAAAAAAUCCCCAGGCUAGAGAGCGAUCAUCCCCAUUAGGUGCACAUAAGAAUUUACUAUUUUUUUUCUUUUAAGCACCUUAAACCAACGGUAUGAUUCUAAAAGGUUAUGUUACAUUUUUGACAAGAAGCCACAGCCCACCUUAGUAUUUAGAGAAGGUGGUAGUGGGCCAAAAAAAAGGUAUGAAGUCAUUUUUAUCAUAAUAUUCGUGUGAUAUCCUCAACCUUGCGUAGUAAAUAGAGAAUGAUAUGUGGGGGUGCGUAUAAGAUCCCAGUUUCAAUGAAAAAGUAAGUUUUUGCACAUCAACGGUCGCUUCCCAUUUCUUCAGCAAUAGAUGCUCAGUAAGUGAAUCAGUUUUUCUGCGAUUACGACUAAAUGUAGAUGCUAUAACAUUUAACCGGUAGGGAUGUUUUUCGGUCACAAAUGAAUAAUAAUUUCGUAAAUAACUCAAGAAAAUAUAACAAUGUUUUAAACAUUAAGAAAUACUCCGAUUGUUUUUUCUUCGAAGGUUUAGCGUUUAUACAGAGUAUUAAAAAUCGGUUGUGGACAAUAA